AUGGCGAAUUAUUAUAAUACCACGCUCAAGGGAGAAGCUACCACUGUGGGUCUCUUGAAGGAUUAUGUGACGCAUUCUAUCAAUGUGCAAUCGACAAGUACCGCUUAUAACUGUUUGGGAGAGCCCAAGUUUAAUGCGGAUGGAUUCAGUUUCACCGGAUCCUGGAGAAGACCUCCAAAUGAUGGUCCGGCUGAACGUGCUUCGUCGUUUAUUUUAAUUGCAGAUAGUAUUCUUAAACAAUCCGACUGGGAGGAAGCCAACGGUGUACACUUUUACACACUCUUGGUCAUGCGCAAAGGUUUGAUCCACGGUGCAAAUUUCGCUAAACGCAACCGUGACACCACACGUACCUCCACCUACACCAACAUCACCAACACCCUCAAAACCACUUUUGGUCCGGUACCUACUACUAAUGAUUUUCCGACAUUUAAUCUGGUAUCAAUUAUUUCAGUGUGA